AUGUUUACAACCACGGCUACCGCCACCACAAGCUUCAGCACCACCCCAGUCACCGCCACGAACGCCGUCAGCAUCGGCUGCGCAAAGAGGGACGAGAUCGAGAUGAAGACGGGCCCCCAUGGCAACGAGUUUGACAACGAGUUUGCCGUGGGAGACUGCGCCGGCAGGAACAGCCCCAACUACAGCCUCAGCAACAGCGGCCGCAGUUGCGGCAGUUACGGCAGCGGCAACGACCAGCUCUCGUCGACGCCUCGCUCCAGCCACCAAGAUGCCACGACCACGACUACGACCUCGCCGUCAUCGCCGACGCCCGACAAGCGCCCCAAGCCCCACGGACGGGGUCUUGACAUUGCGAAAGCGGCCAGUGCGGGCGGCGGCCGAGGCCAUCAGGUGACCCGGCCGAGCCCGCUCCGCUCCAUGAUGACGGCAACGUAA